AUGAUCGACAAACUUAUUCGAGCGUUUGAUGAGUGCGUUUUGGAACAUCGAAAACAAUGCCCAAAGCAUAUAACCAUUAACCUAGUUGAUGCGUCUUAUGGCUUCCUUUGUAAUGAUGGUUAUGACAUUUUUAUGAGAAAUGCAGAAUGCCUUAUGGAAUUAGAUCAACGACCUUCAGUAAAACAUUGCCAUGAUGAAACACUAAUUGAUAUUGAACGAGCUAAUAGAGAUACUUCACUAACGAUGGCACAGAAAUUGGAAAGAAUGUGCGAUGCUUUGAAUUUUUUCUCUGGCUGUGUACGUUUACCAAUCAGACAUAACUGCGGAGUAUCGGCAUGGACAGUUAUCCAUAGAGUUUUAAGAGAUACGACAAAUACUUUAAUGCCAAGUUGUACGUUUACUGGCAAUGCAAGGAAGAAGCAGAAGCCAGAGAUGGACCAGGCAAUUUCAAACGAUAUGAACCUACCACGAAUGGACUUAAGAAAAUUUCCAAUAGAAGUAAUAUUUCCUAAACUUUGA